AUGAUGCUUCCAAAUAGUAGACAAAGACAAACAAGCAUCUACCUAAAAAGCAACCACCCUUUCCCUUUCUCUCAAUUCUCUCUCUGUCCCUUGCCCGAACACUCCACAACCCACAAGCCAAGCCAAGCCAACCCGAGCAUGUCCUGGCUCAGCAACCGCACCAAACCCCCACCACAAUCCAAAUUCUUCACUACCUCCCAACCCACCCUUCCUCUCCCCCCUCCCACAAUCACGAUUACACCCACAAACCCGCUGACCAACCUCCCCCUUGUCUCCCACGACGAAUGCAUCCACCUCCUCAAAGCAGCCCGCAUCUCGUACACGCACAUGUACAUGGCACUCAAGCAGCACGUGUACCACGAUCUAGCGAGUGCAUGCGGAACGGCACUGAAUCAGCUGGAUAGCGUGGGCGAAGACGGGGAUUGGAAGGGCGUCAUGGUGCGGUUUGAGUGGAAGUGCGGCAAGUGUAGGGAGAGGGCGGCGAUGUGA